AUGUGUUCUUCUCAGGGUCUACUGACAUUCAUUGAUGUGGCUAUAGAGUUCUCUAAGGAGGAGUGGGAAUGUCUCAAUUCUGCUCAGAAGGCCUUGUACAGAGAUGUCAUGUUGGAGAAUUACAACAACCUAGUUUCUGUGGGUGUUGCACUUUCAAAGCCAAGGGUAAUCAUCUGUCUUGAACAACAAAAAGAUCCCUGGAUUAUUGAUCAAGAGAAAACAGAAGAAAGAGAACCAGGAGACAAACCUUACAAAUGUAAAGAAUGUGGGAAAUCUUUCUCCUGUUUCUCAAGGCUUAAAGUUCACCACAGAAUCCAUACUGGAGACAAACCUUACAAACGUAAUGAAUGUGGAAGAUCCUUCUCCCAUUCAUCAUGGCUUAGAGUUCACCACAGAAUCCAUACAGGAGACAAGCCUUACAAAUGUAAUAAGUGUGGUAAAUCAUUUACACAGUCCUCAGAUUUUAAAAUUCACUACAGAAUCCAUACUGGUGAGAAACCUUACAAAUGUAAUGAAUGUGGGAAAUCCUUCACACGUUCUUCAAAUCUAAGAAUUUACCAUAGAAUCCAUACGGGAGACCAACCUUACAUAUGUAAUAAGUGUGGUAAAUCAUUUACACGGUCCUCAAAACUUCAUAUUCACUACAGAAUCCAUACUGGUGAGAAACCUUACAAAUGUAAUGAAUGUGGGAAAUUCUUCACCCGUUCUUCACAUUUAAAAGUUCACUACAGAAUCCAUACUGGAGAAAAACCUUACAAAUGUAAUGAAUGUGGGAGAUUCUUUGCCGUUUCCUCAGGUCUUAGAGUUCACCACAGAAUCCAUACAGGAGACAAGCCCUACAAAUGUAAUAAGUGUGGUAAAUCAUUUACACAGUCCUCAGAUCUUAAAAUUCACUACAGAAUCCAUACUGGUGAGAAACCUUACAAAUGUAAUGAAUGUGGGAAAUCCUUCACACGUUCUUCAAAUCUAAGAGCUCACCAUAGAAUCCAUACAGGAGACCAACCUUACAUAUGUCAUGAAUGUGGCAAAUUCUUCACCAGUUCUUCAAGUCUUAGAGUUCACCACGGCAUCCAUACUGGAGAGAAAACUUACAAAUGUAAUGAAUAUGGAAAAUCCUUCACAUAUUCCUCAAGUCUCAGAGUUUACCACAGAAUUCAUGUAGGAAACAGACCUAAGAAAUGUAAUUAUGAUAAAUAAUUUACAUGGUUCACACAUCUUCAGAUUUACUACAGAAUCCAUUCUAGAGUUCAACCCUACAAAUGUAAAAGAUGUGGCAAAUCUUCUCUCUGGUGUCAUAAAGGAGAAGGCACUCAGAAAGCCAAAGUAUUUACCCAGUCACCAAAUAUUCAAGCUCACCAAAGCAUCCCUAAAAGAGACAAACCUUACAAAUGUAAAGAAUGUGGGAAAUCUUUCUCCUGUUUCUCAAGGCUUAAAGUUCACCACAGAAUCCAUACUGAAGACAAACCUUACAAAUGUAAUGAAUGUGGAAGAUCCUACUCCCAUUCUUCAUGUCUUAGAGUUCACCAAAGAAUCCAUACUGGAGACAAGCCUUACAAAUGUAAUAAGUGUGGUAAAUCAUUUACACAGUCCUCAGAUCUUAAAAUUCACUACAGAAUCCAUACUGGUGAGAAACCUUACAAAUGUAAUGAAUGUGAGAAAUCCUUCACACGUUCUUCAAGUCUAAGUGUUCACCAUAGAAUCCAUACAGGAGACAAACCUUACAUAUGUAAUAAGUGUGGUAAAUCAUUUACAAGCUCCUCAAUACUUCGUGUUCACUACAGAAUCCAUACUGGUGAGAAACCUUACAAAUGUAAUGAAUGUGGGAAAUCCUUCAUCCGUUCUACAAAUUUAAAAGUUCACUACAGAAUCCAUACUGGAGAAAAACCUUACAAAUGUAAUAAGUGUGGUAAAUCAUUUACAGAUUCCUCACAAUUCCAUGUUCACUACCGAAUCCAUACUGGUGAGAAACCUUACAAAUGUACUGUAUGUGGGAAAUCCUUUAAAAGGUCCUCAUAUCUUAAAAUUCACUAUAGAAUCCAUACUGGAGACAAACCUUACAAAUGUAAUGAAUGUGGCAAAUUCUUCACCACUUCUUCAAGUCUUAGAGUUCAUCAGAGAAUCCAUACUGGAGAGAAAACUUACAAAUGUAAUGAAUGUGGAAAAUCCUUCACGCAUUCCUUAAGCCUCAGAGUUUACCACAGAAUUCAUGUAGGAAACAGACCUUAGAAAUUUCAACCCUACAAAUGUAAAAGAUGUGGCAAAUCUUCUCUCUGGUGUUAAUCUCUCUAAGGUCAUCAAAGAAUCCAUACUGGAAAGCAAUCUUAUAGGUAUAUUGAAUGCAGAAAAUCCUAUUCCUGCUCAUCAAAUUUUCAAUCUCAACAGAGAAUCCUUACAGGAGACAAACCUGAAAAAUGUGAUAGUUGUGAACAUUUAUUUCCAAAGUCCUCAACUCUGCAGCCUCAUCACUAUAAUCCAUUCUGGAGACAAACCUAUCAACUAUAG